AUGGCGGAAGGUCUCGCUGCGAUUGGCUUGGCAGGCAACAUUAUUCAAUUCAUAACUUUCGGGUCAGCUCUUGUCUCCAAAAGCCGAGAAAUCCAUCGAUCUGCCUCAGGCCUCUCAAUCGAACUCGUUGACCUUAACGUUGUUGCUCGAGACAUAAAGUACUUCAGCAGCCGAAUCAGUGCCGACACACGCGUCUCAGACAGACUAUAUGACAUCGCCAAGGCUUCUAGCAAUGUCGCCCACGAGCUGGUGGAAGCGGUGGCUGACAUUCAGAAGAACGGUCAGGCGUCCAUCAGCGGGCCGACCAAGUGGAAGAGUUUCCGCAAGGCAUUGAAGUGUAUAUGGAAGAAAGAGAUGAUUGACGAACUGAAGUCGAGACUGGAACUACUGAGAAAUCAACUCUCACUGCAUUUGAUUUCAGAUACAAAUGACUACCAGAUACACUUAUCAAAGCUCGUUCAGGAGUGGAGAAAGCAGAAUGAGCGGAGUGGCUACCAGAUCACCAACCAAAUCCAGGCGUUGGACACACAGCUUUCGAUCAUCAAACAACACAGUGCUGGCCUUUCAUUUGACCAUGAAUACUGGAAAAAACUACAUGAUAUGCUUUUUAAAGUAUCCUAUGAAGUUCGGCAAGUGUCCCAUGGUCAUACUAUUCUUCAGAGCCUGAGAUAUGAGUGCAUGGAAACGCGAAUGGAAGCGAUCAAAGAGGCUCACCAAAGGACAUUUGAUUGGAUUUUUGACAUCAACAUGGGCCAGCUUGCAGGACUUCAUCGGACAAUCCCAUUCACUGAGUGGUUGCAGUCUGGUAGUGGGAUCUACUGGGUCACUGGCAAACCAGGGUGCGGAAAGUCAACUUUGAUGAAAUAUCUUUACAGCCAAGCCAAAACUGACAAGCACCUCAAUGCUUGGGCCGGCAACGCUACCCUCGUACGAGCAAGCUUCUACUUCUGGAAUCCCGGCGAAGAGAUGCAGAAGUCCUUGGAAGGGCUCUUACAGACACUGCUUUAUCACAUACUCCGUACGUGCCCAGAGUUGAUACCGGCCCUAUGUCCUGAGAGAUGGAACGAACAGCAUGUCGAUAUGAAAUCGGUCAGACCUUGGACCUUGGGAGAGCUCCAAAAGACCAUCGCCGCUUUCCAAGCGCUGCCCCCGGUAGCUGCGAAGUUUUAUUUUCACAUCGAUGGUCUCGAUGAAUAUUUUGGCGACAGCUGGGAUGUCAUCGACACAAUGCAGAACUUUGUUGGUUGUCCCAAUAUAAAGCUCUGCCUCUCGAGCAGACCUUGGAACAGUUUUCAGGACGCUUUUGGACGAUCGAACCCAUGCAUGCUUAGGCUGCAUGAAUACACAAGGAAGGACAUCGAGACCUUUGCACAUGAUAAUUUAAUGUCCUACACCACCCAUUCCGAUUUUGAGCCACGUCUUUUCAAUGAUAUGAUACAGGACAUCGUUGAACGUGCACAAGGAGUAUUUCUCUGGGUCCGCCUGGUCGUACGCUCCUUACGCGAUGGCAUCAUCAAUGACGAUCCAGUAUCUACACUUCACGAGCGCCUCCGAACUAUACCAGUUGAUCUCGAACCGUUCUUUGAGCACAUUCUUGGCUCCGUUCAGGGCUUUUACCGCACUACAAUGGCUGCUACUUUUCUUGCUGCUCUGAGGACCAAUCGUCCUCUGAGCAUGAUGCAGUACCACUUCUUAGAGAAGAACAAUUCGGCCUCCUAUUUCAAAUACCCUUCAAGGCUUUGGAACGACACCAAGGUCGAACGAGCAGUUCUUCAGACAGAGAGGCAAUUGAACGGGCGAUUCAAAGGCCUUCUAGAGCCAUCUUCAUCUCUUCGCUUCGCAAUGUCUGUUGGUCACACGGAAUACUUGCGCUAUCGCUUUCGACAAGAUGGUGCUAUACUCGAUCUCAACAUGAUUUUGAAACACGCAAUAUCCCUGCUCGAUUUUGGGGCUGAUCCAAACGCUGAAGUUGAGGGUGCCUCGAGUUGGACCGCAUUCUUGGAUUUAUCAAUUCAAUUAAUGGAUAGACCUGGUAUAGAGCAAUGCUGGGGCGUUUUCGGAGCAUUCUUCCAACAGCCCAUUAGGCUCAACCACAACAAGUUCCACUGGGCAAAGCUGUUCAAACGUGAGCAAGCCAUGUCAAAAGACGGCCUAGCAAACAGAUUAAAAUACCUCCAACGACUCUUCACAUUCGGAUUAAACCCAAACAUGAGCACACACAACACGACAUUCUUCGUGCUCUUCCUCAGAACCCUAGUUACAAAUUACCUCGACUUCCUCCCCUUCGCGCAAAAACUGCAGGACAAUAUACUCCGCGAGUUUCUCCUGUCAGGCGCCGACAUCACUAAAAUCUACCGCGACCACUCAACGCACGGCUGGCUCGACCAUUUCCUGCGCGAAAUGGUGCAGUACACCGCAGAUGGCACGAUCCUGCCUCGUAUCGAGCAGUACGGUCUUCUUCUCGAACACGGCUUGCAACCGAAUGCCGUGGUGCGCAACAACAUCACCGUAUGGGACAGGAUCCUCAAGGCCAUGCAUCAAGGCCUCCAAGAAGGGCGCUCUAGUAAACCAUAUCACCAAGCUGUUCAACGCCUGCUGGUCAUGUCCUUGGACAAAGGAGCUGCGCCAGAUGCCCUUGGCCUUCCGCGCAUCUUACAUUCUGUGGCGGGAGAAACGUCGUUGCUGUCGCUGGAUGAGAUACAGGAACUCGAACGAGCGAUGAGACCGAGUGAUAGAGGAGUUGUCUCGCCUAGCCCCGUGCACAGCAUGGGAUCUGGCUGGAAACGAAAGAAUGGGGAUGAAGACGGUUCGGAAGGAGGGCUGCGGGGAAAGCAAGGGAAGCGCCGUGGCGUUCAAAGAUGA